GAAGGAGGAGAUCGGAGGAGGGCGAGCGUGGGAGAGCGAGGACGAGGCGCUUCUCACUAGGGCUCAGGACCUGAUCUUCAAGAUUUGGGAGGUGCGGGCAAACCCUAACCCUAGGCACCUUCACACUCUCGCCUCCAUUCUCGAAACUGAAGAAUCGAGAUUUCUAAAAGAGACUGGGAGUUCAUCUUUGAAUACUACUGCCCGUUCAUCUCAUAGUAUUGGGAGGCUGGGGCACUUAGUGCGGGAGAAAAAUGAGGCUUUCUACGAGUUGAUAUCUUCUAAGAUACUAUCGGAAAGUAGAUACUCUAUCAGUGUCCGCGCUGCUGCUGCUAGGGUACUUCUCAGCUGCUCUACAACUUCGACUUACCCACAUGUAUUUGAUGAUGAUGUUGUGGAUAAUAUUAGAACAUGGGUUAUGGAGGAUUCAGUUAAAGUGUCUCCUGAUGAUUGUGAUUGGAAGCGUGACUUAGGGGGCGAUAAACCAACAGAUUCUGAAAUGCUAAGAACUUAUGCUACUGGACUCCUUGCGAUAUCUUUGAUUGGGGCCGGCCAGGUGAUUGAAGACGCUCUGAAAAAAGAAGUAGGUUUGCCGAGAAAGCUAAUGCGUUAUUUGCGUACACGAAUACUUGGGGAUGUUACUGUUGGUCAGAAGGAUGCUUCUUUUCCAACUGACAGUAAACAUUCCAAUACACCCUUAAGGGUUAGAGAAGAAAGCAGAGGCAGAUCUCUGCAGGUUUUGGAUGCAUCUCGAUUGGAUGGAGUAAGACCUGGAGAUGAGGGAUUAUCAGGUGAGCAGGAUGGAGCUCGUGAAAGAAAUAUGAGUAUUAGGCAAGGACAUGGAGAAGAGUCCCGUGUAGAUGGUGGUGAGUCGCUGAAAUCUGAACUUGUGGAUUCCUUAUCUCAUGUGGUUGGCAUACAUGAGAUGAUUGACGAAGAUGAUGAUCUUGCUCAUGAUGGAAGGAACACCAUGGAUUUGAUUGAUGGAAGGUCAAAAUAUGGUGAAUGGUCUGUUGUUGGAAGAGCGACAAGAGAUGAGAUUGCUGAUGAAAGUGUGAGGGAUGAGUCAUCAAGGCGAAGGGUAAAUCGUUGUUGGUCUAGGAGCAGAGGAAAAAGCAUCCGUAGUGAAGGCACUUUGGAAAAUGAAAGACCUUUUAUGUCUCCUCCAGGUUUACAGUUAGCUGGAGUGAGGGAAUGCAGGGAUAGGAAUCAAGGAAGAAAUGAUGAUGUCAAAAGACUUAUGGAUACAAAAAGUAACUCAGGCAGGACUUGUUAUGAUGUCUCUACAAUCAAAGAGGAUAGUGACGAACGAUUUAGAGGAUGCACUAUUGGGUCCAGGGAUAUAUCUGAGAUUGUAGAGAAAGCAACAAGAGCUGCGGAAGCAGAAGCCAGAACAGCUAAUGCACCAGAAGAGGCGAUCAAAGCAGCUGGAGAUGCAGCUGCUGAACUGGUAAAAUCUUCUGCUUUUGAGGCUUGGAAAAACAUGAAUGAUGAAGAAGCUGCUGUUCAAGCUGCUUCUAAAGCUGCAUCUACAGUUGUGGAUGCUGCUAAGGCAGUUGAGGUUUCACGGAAUACAAGCAUAGUCAGCAAUGAUCUCACGGGUUUGAAGAUGGUGAAGUCUGACAUAGAUGAAAAGCUGGAGGAACUGUUCAUUUUGGAUAAGGAGCCUCUGGCACGACUCAGAGAAAAAUACUGCAUUCAGUGCCUUGAAAUUCUGGGGGAAUAUGUUGAAGCUUUAGGUCCUGUUCUGGGAGAAAGAGGUGUGGAAGUGUGCAUUUCACUCUUGGAACACUGUUUGAAGGAUGAAGGUUCAAUUGAGCAGUUGACAUUACUGCCUGAAGUUCUCAAACUAAUCUUUGUCUUAGCUGCUCAUAAGAAAUUUGCUGCUGGAUUUAUUGAUAAAAAUGGUAUUCAGGGACUUCUUUCUGUUCCGAGGAUCCCUCAAACCUUCUUUGGGCUUUCUUCUUGCUUAUAUACUAUUGGCUCCCUUCAGGGGAUCAUGGAACGUGUUUGUGCGUUACCUUCUGACACAGUGCUUAAGGUGGUUGAGUUGGCACUUCAGCUUCUUGAGUGUCCUCAGGAUCAAGCUAGAAAAAAUGCUGCUCUUUUCUUAGGUUUUGCAUUUGUGUUCAGAGCCAUUCUUGAUGCUUUUGAUGCACAAGAAGGUUUGCAGAAAACUUUAAAUGUUUUACAUGGUGCUGCUUCAGUUAGAUCAGGUGGAAACUCAGGAGCAUUAGGCAUACCAAAUGGAACUUUGCGCAAUGAUGGGUCACCUGCGGAAGUUUUGACUGCAUCAGAAAAGCAGAUUGCUUAUCACACAUGUGUUGCGCUGAGGCAAUACUUCAGAGCCCAUCUACUUCUGCUUGUGGAUUCUCUUCGACCAAAUAAAAAUAGUCGUACAACAGUCCGAAGGGCUGCCAAUAAGCCACUUGACAUCAGCAAUGAGGCUAUGGAUGCAGUUUUCCUUCAGAUUCAGCGGGACAGAAAGCUUGGAUCUGCCUUUGCGAGGGUCCGGUGGCCUGCAGUUGACAAGUUCUUAACUUCUAAUGGACAUACAACUAUGUUGGAGUUAUGUCAGGCUCCACCUGGUGAGCGAUAUCUACAUGAACUUGGCCAAUUUGCGUUGGGCAUCCUUCAUAUUGUUACAUUCAUACCCCAAGGCCGCAAGGUUGUUGUUCAUGCCUCUUUGAGCAAUGGCCGUGUUGGCAUGGCAGUCAUAUUAGACGCAGCCAAUAGUUUUGGAUAUAUGGAUGCAGAGUUGAUUCAUGCAGCAUUGAAUGUAUUAGUAAAUCUUGUGUGUCCUCCUCCUUCGAUCAGCAAUAAACCUUCUGCAUCUGCGCAAGGUCAGCAAUCUGUUUCGGUUGUAAAUGAUGCAGCUACAGAAAUUAGAGAAAGGAACACUGAGAGAAACAUCACAGAUCGCACUGUUCCAUUGCUGACCCAGAAUGACAACCGGGAGCGGAUUGGGGAAGGUAACAUGGGGGAAAGAGGUGCCCCAUUUACUGGAGGUAAUUCACAAAUUUCAGUUUCUGGGGUCUCAUCUGGUAUGGUUGGAGAACGCAGAAUAUCGUUAGGACCAGGAACUGGUUCUGCUGGCCUUGCUACUCAGAUGGAUAAGGUAUACCAUUUGGCAAGACAAGCUGUUCGUGCAAACAAUGGUAUAAAGGUCCUUUUACAUCUUCUACAUCCUAGGAUGAUAACACCUCCUCAAACUCUCGACUGUCUUCGAGCUCUUGCUUGUCGUGUUCUGUUGGGUUUAGCUAGAGAUCAUACAAUCACACACAUAUUGACGAAGCUCCAGGUUGGGAAAAAGCUCUCAGAACUCAUUAGAGAUUCUGGCAGCCAGGCAGCUGGAGCUGAGCAGGGAAGGUGGCAGGCUGAGUUGACUCAAGUGGCAAUUGAGUUGAUUGCGAUUGUGACUAAUUCUGGAAGAGCAAGCACCUUGGCAGCCACCGAUGCUGCUGCGCCCACAUUGAGGCGCAUAGAGAGGGCAGCAAUAGCUGCAGCAACUCCCAUUACUUACCAUUCCAGGGAACUAUUGCUUCUUAUACAUGAGCAUCUUCAAGCAUCUGGCUUAACCGCUUCAGCUGCAUUACUGCAGAAGGAGGCUGAUUUGACACCUUUGCCUCCAUUAUCGGCACCCCAACCUCCUCUCCAUCAAACCUCUUUGCUGGAAAGCUCAACAAUGCAACUACCUUGGCCCUCUGGCCGUGUUUCUUCCGGGUUCCUCUUGGAUAAUGCAAAGCCAAGUUCUGUAGAUGAGAGUGCAGGUGCAAAAUCAGACUCCAACUUGUCUUCAUGGAGAAAGCCAUUGGUCUUUACUAAAAGUCAGCUUCAUUCACCUGCAUCCCUUAAUUACAAAACUAGUGCGCUAAAAAGCCCAUCGGUAUCUAACCGUGGUUCAGAAGACACUUCAUCCCUUUCUGAUGCCAAGUCUAAUGUAGACAUUGAGCCUCCACUUAAAACACCUCUACUGCUGCCAUUGAAAAGGAAAUUUUUGGACGUCAAGGAUCCUAAUUCACUAUCUUCUAAGCGCCCUGCUACAGCUGAGCUUGUAUCUCAGUCACCAGUGUUUCAGACACCAAAUAUUGUACGCCGAGCUAAUCUGCAGGUGGAUACUACUGGGCUGUCUCCUGCUGCAAAUGCUACUCCACGUGAUCCUGGAAGGACAACAUCUGUCUUAUUUGAUAAUAACUCUGAUGAACAUCUAUACCAGGGCACUCCUGGGGCACCAGUAACACCUUUCUCCCAACUUACGAAUCCAGCUGAUGCUCAACCUGGAAAUGCUGAGCGAAUGACCCUUGAUUCUUUGGUUGUCCAAUAUCUGAAGCAUCAGCAUCGUCAGUGCCCAGCUCCGAUAACUACAUUACCUCCUCUUUCUCUCUUGCAUCCUCACGUGUGUCCUGAACCAAGCCGUAGCCUUAACGCACCUAUAAAUGUAACUGCACGUGUUAGCAACCGUGAAUUCAGUAAACACUACGGCGGGAUCCAUGCUCAUCGUAGGGACCGCCAAUUUGUUUACAGCAGGUUCAGGCCAUGUCGCACUUGCCGGGAUGAUGCAGCCCUUUUAACUUGUAUUACCUUCUUGGGUGAUUCGUUUCGCAUUGCAACUGGCAGUCACUCUGGUGAGCUGAAAGUAUUUGACUUAAACGAUGGCAGUGUAUUGGAGAGCCAUUUAUGCCACCAGUCACCUGUUUCCAUAAUUCAGUCAGCAUUUUCUGGUGACACCCAGAUGAUUCUUUCAUCCAGUUCAUAUGAUGUAAAGCUUUGGGAUGCUUCAUCUGUAUCAGCUGGGCCCUUGCAUUCAUUUGAUGGAUGUAAGGCUGCUUGUUUUAGUCCUUCGGGGACUAUGUUUGCAGCCCUUAGCACUGAGGCAUCUCAUCGCGAUGUUCUUCUUUAUGAUAUCCAGACCCAGAACGUGGAGUUUAGAUUACCUGAAAGCUCAAGUGGCCCUUCAGCACCGGGUCGAGGGCAUGUUCAGCCUCUUAUUCAUUUUAGUCCUUGUGAUACGAGGUUAUUGUGGAAUGGGACGCUGUGGGACUAUCGUAGUGCAUGUCCUAUUCAUCGAUUUGAUCAAUUUACAGAUUAUGGUGGUGGUGGAUUCCAUCCUGCUAGGAAUGAGGUCAUAAUAAACUCAGAAGUGUGGGACCUCCGAAAAUACAACAAACUCCUCCGAAACGUCCCCUCUCUCGACCAAACAGUCAUCACCUUCAACAGCAGCGGCGACAUCAUCUAUGCGAUUCUCCGCCGGAUCUUUGCCGCCUUCCGCACCAUUGAUGCCAUCAGUUACACCGACAUCGCCACCGUCCCUGUCGACCGCUGCGUCCUCGACUUAUCCGUAGACCCCACCGACUCCUACGUCGGCGUGGUCGCCAUGGAUGAUCAUGAAGAAAUGUUCUCCUCAGCGAGGCUUUACGAGAUCGGACGGCGCAGGUCUACAGAUGACGAUUCUGACCCCGAUGAUGGACCCGAUACCGAGGAUGAGGAUGAUGAGGAGGAUGAUGAGAAUGACGACGAUGAGGAUGCGGAUGAUUCGAUGCUGGGAGAUUUGGAGGAUGUCGAUGAUAUCGAUUCUGAUGAUUUGAGCAACGAGGAUGACGAUGGGGAUAGUGGUGAUGAGCUUGAAGGGGAUGGAGAGUUUAUGGAUGGGGGGCAUGGAAUAUUGGAGAUUAUGGCGGAGGGCGAGGAUGGUGAGGAUGAUGAUGAUAGUGAGGUUUUAGAGGAUUUUAGCAGCGGUGCUGAAGAAGAUUUUGAUUAUGGUUUUUGAGUAGGCUAAGUUUUUAUCUAUGGGGUGAGAGAGAGAGAGAGAGAGAUGUCCUGUAACUAUCCAUAUCAUUUUGAGCGUAUAAGAUAUUGGUGGGGGAUGUAAGUAGGGGGAGGAGUCGGGGUUGCUCUUUGUGGUGACUGAACGAAAUAAGCACCAUGCAGGCAAUUAUAUUUAUUUAUUUUUGCGCAAUUUUUGUUGCUGGGGGCCUCUUUCAAUCUUUCUCAAGGUGAUCAUUGGAUGAUGACGUUGGAUUUGAAUUUGUAGAUGAAGUAAAGCUUAUUGAAUCAGUGAAAGCUGCAUCCUCCUUGAUACAAAUGUCAUCCUUCUGUGCAAA